AUGCAAGAUGAUAGCAGCCACAAAGCUACCAGCAAGGCUGGCAAACCUCGUGGCAGCCAUGUGAGGCCAAGUGACAAACCACGUGGAAAGAAGCUGCGUAAGAAGGACAAGCUGGGCUUCAUAGAGUCAGAGUUGGUGGAUGGGGAUGAGGACCAGGUCCAGGUGCUGUACGGUCUGCACCCAGUGCAGCUUGCGCUGGCAGCCGGUCGGCGCACGGUCCACCGCGUGUACCACCGCCAGGAGGCAACGGGCGGCCGGCUGUCACGCCUGUUGGCAGAGUGUGCGGCGCGCGGCGUCGGCACCGUGCCGCUGCCGGUCACCCAGCUGGACACGAUCGCGCGCGGCACGGGUGUGCACCAGGGCGUGUGCGCGCGGGUCGGGCCUCUGCGGCCGCGGCCAGUCUCCGAGUUGCUGACUGAGCUCGGCUACCCGCCGGUGGCGACGGACCCUGACAAGCUGGAGGCUGGGGUUGCAGAUCUUCCCACUGUUGGUGAUCCGGUGCCGGCGUCGGGAGAGCGAACCGCCCACCGACGGCGGCUGUGGCUGCUGCUGGACCGAGUGCAGGAUCCGAUGAACUUCGGCUCCAUCCUCAGAUCCAGCUACUUCCUGGGCGUCGAUGCGAUCCUCAUCCCCGAUAAGAACAGCUGCCCACUGUCGCCCACCGUGAGCAAGGCGAGCGCCGGCGUGCUGGAGGUGUUCCCGACACACUCGGACACGAAAUACAAGAAAAAGAAAAACACAAAACGUCCAUGUGCGCACGAAAACACAGCGCUAGAGGUAAAGAAGAACCCGUACGCCGUUUGA